GUGCUCGAUCACGUCCCGCCGAGCUGCAACCAACAUACCGGGCAUUAUUUUCAGCCAGGACAAGCCCCAGCGCUGCGGCCAACCCUUGAGAGAAUCUUCACUUCCACUCUGCGUGGCAGGGAGUUGCCGAGCUCCGCGGUGAUCCCGAGCUACCUGUAACGUCAAGCUCAAGAUCAAGUCAUUAAGAUCAGGAUCAUUAUCGUUCGUGGCCUCACUGGAGAAGCGAAACGGAUAAAAACACAUUGUACAGCUUAUUUCUUGACUAUCACCGUGCAGUAGUGACUAUCCCAUCUGUAGCCCAGCUAGAGGUGACGUGGCUGGCCUAGUACAACAGGAUCAGCUUAUCCAGGGAUAGUGUAGUAGGCACAACUCACAAAGGAAUCAUCACCCUGUCCUUGCAACCAUGCCACAGAACGAACACAUUGAGCUGCAUCGGAAGCGUCACGGGCGCCGCCUUGACUAUGAAGAACGCAAGAGAAAGAAAGAGGCGAGGGCUGGCCAUGAACGAUCAGCCAAGGCACAGAAGCUAUUUGGCUUGAAGGCCAAGCUUUACAAUAAACAGAGGCGCAAUGAAAAGAUCCAGAUGAAGAAAACCAUUAAAGCUCAUGAAGAGAAGCUGACCCGGCAGAAGGAUAAGGAGGAAGUGCCGGAGGGUGCUGUUCCAUCCUACCUGCUGGACCGUGAAGGACAGUCUCGUGCCAAGGUUCUGUCAAAUAUGAUUAAACAGAAACGAAAGGAAAAGGCAGGCAAGUGGGAUGUUCCAAUCCCUAAGGUCAGGGCACAGUCUGAAGCUGAAGUAUUCCGUGUCAUCAAGUCUGGCAAACGCAAAUCCAAAGCUUGGAAGCGCAUGGUCACCAAAGUUACCUUUGUCGGAGACCAGUUUACCCGUAAGCCACCUAAAUUUGAGAGGUUCAUCCGCCCCAUGGCUCUGCGUUUCAAGAAAGCACAUGUGACUCAUCCAGAGCUGAAGGCUACAUUCUGCCUUCCUAUCAUUGGUGUUAAGAAGAACCCAAGCUCCACAAUGUACACUUCCCUUGGUGUCAUCACUAAGGGCACUGUCAUUGAGGUGAACAUAAGUGAACUGGGACUUGUGACACAAAGUGGUAAGGUGGUGUGGGGCAAGUAUGCCCAGGUGACCAAUAAUCCAGAAAAUGAUGGUUGUAUAAAUGCUGUGCUGCUGGUGUAAAGGGAAGCCAUGGCAUUAGGUCCCUCUUUUCAGUGGACUUUUGUGUAGUGUUGAGUUGUGGAUUCUAUUUUCUGUGCCUUUAAAUCUUUAUUCUGGAGUAAAAUACUAUUGAGA